AUUAAGUGUUGAUGAAGCGCGUGUAGACAUAGACGGGGGUGAGUCGAGUUUAUGACUGUCAUUUUGGGUACAUGAUAGACGUAAUUAUCAUUAAGGUACAUAAAUGAAAUUAUAUGAUACUGAUUUAUUAAAGUGACGUUAUGACUUCAGUAAAGUUUUUUUCUAUGAUGUAAACGUUAUAUUUCAGGUCAAGAAUAUAUUUAGGUAGGUAAGUAUAUAAAACGUUUUUAAAACAUUUUUAUGAUUAAAUUAUUUCAAUCAUCAAUUGAUAUCUGAAAAGACACUAAAUAGAAUCUAGUUACGUAUAGUCAUGCAUUUAUAGAAUCAUAAUAAUCUCAUUAAAUUUAUACAGGUGUCGUUUUUUUAUGUAGGUGAUCACUGAUUUUUCCAUACAAAACUAUUACCGAAUGAUGUUCAAAAUACAAUACUCUCGCGCGCUUAGCAUUUUCACGUGUAUGAAUGCUUUUAUUUGUUAAGGCAGCACGUUUCACUAUGAGCGUUUUCCUCGAAUUGUACCUUUUUCAGCAUCUGCACCCCUAUAUGGUAGGCUACGCGCGGGGUCGGGGCGCGGGCGGGAGCGCAGCCUCCCUUCCCGACAACGAUUACUGAUUAGUGUGGCGGCAAGCGCGGCGGGGCCGCCCGCUUCGACGAACGAUGACGUAACACGCCCCGCCGAACGCAAAUAUAACCUAAAAUCAUUGAUAAAUACCAAUCCCCCGCCUAGAACUCUCGUUCUUUAAAGUGGACGCUGCCCAGGCGGCGUGCGUACGGCGAACAGCUGACGGUCGCGCGUAGAACCCAUGUGCUACUACGAUUGUGUUAUGUAUAAGCGGCGUAUUUUGUGAUUGAAUCGGAUGGCGGUGUCAGCACGUCAUAGGGCACUGAAGAUGAAGAUCUGCACGUACUUGCUACUCAGCUUCUUGGCAGUGCGGGCGUCGCCGGAGCCGCGCCGGGUGCCGCCGCUGCAGGAACCGCCGCGCCACGUGGAGUUCACUAACAACACGGGCGCCACGCUCACGUGCUCCACUAGAGGAGAUUAUCAGUUGGACUGGCUCCUCGUGGACAACACGCCGGCCACGCCGCUCGCCGGGCUGCGACACGUGCUCGCUAACGGCUCGCUCGUGUUCCCGCCAUUCCCCGCCUCCCGGUACCGGCGGGACGUGCACGCCGCCUCGUACCGUUGUCGGCUACGGAUCGCGGACAACGCUGUAUUGUCGAGAACCAUACAUGUGCACGCAGUGCUAAGCACGCCGUGGGAAGUCCGCGUGCCAGACGAGUACGUGAUGGCGGGCAACGCCGCCGUACUCCGGUGUAUCGUCCCACCGCACUGCGCAGACCGAGUCAGCUCCACCGACUGGCUCGGCGAGGAUGGAGUCAGUGUCUUCCAAUACCUAGAGCCCCGGUACCAAAGGUUAGACGACGGCUCGCUGUACAUAAGCGCGGUGCGCGCCGGCAGCCGGGACUCGUUCCGGUGCCGCGUCCGGGACCGGGUUACCGGGACCACAUACACCAGUCAGUACUUCGGUCACGUCAUAGUGACGGAACCGAAAGGCAGUGUGAGGCCUCGCGUAGGCCCCGAGCCGCGCAACCGGCGCGUGCAGGCCGGGCAGGACGUGCGACUGCCGUGCGCGGCACACGCCUGGCCGGUACCCACUUACAGGUGGUUUCGCGAGCACCGCGAGCAGCUGACGCCGCUUGAGGAGACGCCGCUGUGGGCGCGCGCACACCUGCAGGGCGGGCUGCUGAGCGUGCGCGGCGUACGGCGCGAGGACGCUGGCCGCCUCGUGUGCUGGCUCAACAACACCGCCGGCGGCGAGUCCGUGCACUUCUCACUCGCGGUCACAGAACCUAUCUCCGUCCGAAUAAAGCCAGAAGCAUUGCGAACAAAAAUAAACUCGGAUAUCAUUUUCGAAUGCAAAGUCUCCGGGCAUCCAAUCGAGAAGCAAUACUGGGUGCACAACGCAAAAACCGUCAAGCCUAAUGAGAGAAUUCGGCUGUCGGAUGACGGUCUUAGAAUACAUAUCAAGGGUACGCAGAAGCAGGACCAGGGCAUCUACCAGUGCUUCGCUUCCAACAACAGAGAUCAAGCUUAUGGCGUGGCGGAGUAUUUAAUAGAAGUGUCCGAGCGACCGCGAGCCACCGCCAACGGCGCCAACCGCUCGCGGCGAGCCCCCUACGCCCGCAGCGCGCAGUCGCACGAUGUCGACUGGAACUUCACUGGCACACGAGAAUCGAAACCAGAGCUCGUGUAUUGGUUUUCGGAGCAAACCCUUCAGCCGGGCCCCAGCGUGUCGCUCAAGUGCGUAGCGAUGGGCCACCCCCCACCUCAAUUCACGUGGUUACUAGAUGGUUUUCCUAUACCUACCAAUUCUAGAUUUGUGGUCGGCCAGCACGUAACGCUACAGGACGACGUUGUCAGCCAUCUUAACGUUAGCCGAGUUACUGAACAAGAUGGCGGCGAAUACGCGUGUGUGGCCAGCAAUUCCGCGGGCAAGGCGGUACACGCGGCGAGAGUCAACGUGUACGGACUGCCGUUCAUACGCGAGAUGCCGAAGGUCACCGCCGUGGCUGGGAGCGACCUCGUCAUCAAGUGUCCCGUUGCCGGGUAUCCUAUAGAGUCUAUUACCUGGGAGAGAGAUGGUCAAACGCUGCCACUGAACCGUCGUCAGCGAGUGUUUCCUAACGGAACGCUCAUUGUCGAGCAGACGCAACGAGGCGAAGACGCCGGCACGUACACAUGCCAGGCAGCGAACAGACAACGCCAUGCAGCUCGCCGGGAUGUUGAGGUGCAGAUUCUAGUUCAACCGAAGAUCUUGCCUAUUCAGCCACUAACAAACUUACUGAGAGAAGGCAUGAGAGCAGCGAUUUCUUGCCAAAUCUUGGAGGGAGAUUUGCCAAUUGCCUUUCGUUGGGAGAAGAACGGACAGCCCGUGACGUCAUCCCCAUAUGCUCCGAGUGGGAUUAUAACGAGAAGAAUGGACGAGUACAGCGCGUCGUUGGUCAUCGAGCACAUUACUUCGCUGCACAGUGGAAACUACACGUGUAUAGCAUCAAAUAUAGCUGGUUCUGAACGGUUCACAGUUCCUCUCACUGUCAAUGUGCCUCCACGAUGGAGACUGGAGCCCAACGACGUGGCAGUAGCAGCAGGUCAAGACGUGACUCUCCAAUGCCAAGCUGAAGGGUACCCGAAACCAAUAAUAACAUGGAAGAAAGCUGUUGGUAAUACUCCUGGUGAAUACAAGGACUUCAUGUUCGAGGGCAGCUCCAGGGUGCUGGAGAACGGGUCGCUGGUGUUCGAGCGAGUGGCCAAGGACAGCGAGGGCCACUACUUAUGCGAGGCUAGGAAUGACAUUGGCGCGGGACUAAGCAAGCUCAUAUUUCUUAAAGUUAAUGCUCCAGCCCGUUUUCCGAUGAAGAGCAAAACCGUUCAAGUGACAGCGGGAGAAGCAGCACAUCUGCAGUGCGCUGCGUCCGGCGACGCACCGCUGGAGGUCAGCUGGAGAAGCCCUCACCAUCACACCAUCGCUCACCACCUGGAUCAGAGAUACACAAUCCGCGAGCAAGUUCUGGACGAUGGCCUAGUUUCCGAGCUUAGUAUUCUGCAGACGUACCGGCAAGACACGGGGGCGCUCACAUGUAGGGCUUCCAACGCUUACGGACAGGAUGAGAUGCUUAUACAUCUUGUCAUACAAGAGGUGCCUGAAAUGCCAAAAAAUAUAAGAAUAAUAGACCAGCAGUCCCGAUCGAUUCAAAUAUCUUGGACCCAACCAUACGCAGGAAAUAGUCCUAUAAUAAACUAUAUAGUACAAUACAAGGAAGCACCGGAACCAUGGCCGACGACUCCUCAAAAAGUAAUAGUCCCGGGCAGCGUGACUUCGGCUAACGUGCAAAACCUGCAGCCAGCAACGUCGUACCACCUUCGCAUCAUCGCAGAAAACAGGUUGGGGCAGAGCGAGCCCAGUCAGCUUGUGCAAGUUACCACGACUGAGGAAGUGCCAAGUGGUCCUCCGUUGGACGUGCGGGUGGAAGCCAAGAGCUCCACCGAGCUAAUUGUAAGCUGGGAGCCUCCUCAACGAGACCUAUGGAAUGGGAACAUAUUGGGGUACUACGUGGGGUUUCAGGAGUUAAACAGCAACAGUACGGUGCUAAGCGCAAGCGGACCAGGUGGUGCCUCUUACACCGUCCGUACCGUCGAGGGUGCCGGCACAGCCCGAGCGAGAACCACGCUCUCGGGUCUUCAGAAACAUGCUGCGUAUGCUGUCGUUGUUCAAGCGUAUAAUAGUAGAGGUGCGGGACCUGCGUCGCCGCCUACUACUGCGACGACCAUGGAAGAUGUACCCAGCCUUCCACCAGGAUCACUGCAAUGCACAGCGCUGAGCUCGCAAUCAGUACGAGUAGCUUGGGAGCCCCCGCCCACCCGGGGUCGGAACGGUGUACUGCAGGGUUACCGAGUCACAUAUGCACCAGUUACUGAUUGGUAUGGAAAUGAAGAUGCCGUAACGAAGCAGAUAUCGGGUCUCCACACCACUCUGUCAGGGUUGCGUCGAUAUACGAACUACUCUGUCACAGUGUGCGCUUUCACCGCCGCUGGAGAUGGGGUCCGGGCUGCUCCUGUUUAUUGUCACACCGAGGAAGAUGUGCCCUCAGCUCCUGCGGACAUCAAAGCAGUGGUAUCUUCGCGUAAUAAAAUCCUCGUAUCAUGGCUGCCUCCCGCUUCCCCAAACGGUGUGCUGGUGGGGUACACUCUGUAUAUGAGCGUCAUAGAAGAUGGGAGGGAGGAAGGCACUCACAAGCGUAUGUUGUCUCCAAGCACAUUAUCUCAUGAGACAUCACGGUCGCCGCCGCGUGCAACACAUCAGUUCUGGGUUUCGGCGUCCACGAGGCUUGGCGAAGGAGAAGCCACGAGAGUUGCCACUGUCCUACCGUCUGAUUCUGUGCCAGCAAGAAUAACCUCAUUUAGCCGAAGCAUAGUGACGCCGUGGAAGGAGAACAUAUCGCUAUCGUGCAAUAAAGUUGGUUCCCCGAAUCCCUCUACGACUUGGAGCAUGAACGGUGCCUCCCUCGAAUCGACGUUAAGAAAAAACGUUACCGCUGAUGGCACGCUCAUCAUCAGCAUGAGUCAAUACGCUGACAGCGGCAACUACACUUGCGCUGUAGAGAACCCCCACGGCCGGGACGAGGUUAUCUACAGCGUGGAAGUGAAGGUUCCGCCACAGCCACCAGUACUAGCCGUCGUCGACUCGUACGCCGACUCGCUGCAUCUACAGUGGAGCGAUCAGGGCGACGGAGGAAGCCCUAUAUUGGGUUACGUCAUCAACUACAAACGCGAGCACGGUGACUGGGAAGAGUUGCAAGUGGAGGCUGGAACAUCGGAACACGUGCUGCCAAACCUCUGGUGCGGGACUCGGUAUCAGCUGUAUAUCACGGCCUUCAACCGCAUCGGCACGGGCUUGCCUUGCGAUAUCGUUCACGCCUUCACUAAAGGAACCGUGCCAGUAAAACCGAAACACUCGCAAAUGAUAACUCUCAACACGACCACUGUAACCGUGUGGUUAGACUCCUGGGGCGACGGCGGAUGUGGAAUCCUGUACUUCGUUAUCGAAUACCGAGAAGUUAGCCAAUCACAAUGGCGAUUAGUAUCUAACAGCGUCCAAGCGACCGAGCGAGUGUUCAGCGUGCCCGGCCUGACGCCGGCUACACAAUACCAGCUACGGAUUACAGCGCACAACAACGCCGGACAUGCCGUGGCGUUAUAUAACUUCACUACCCAUUCCAUUAGUGGCAUCAUAGACGGGGAACUUUCACCUCCAGUGCCGGCGGCGGGCGCGCGCUCUCUAGGAGGAGCGCGCGUCAUCCUCCCCGCGGCGUUGUCGCUGCUCGUGCUCAGUGCCCUCGUGGCCAUCGUACUACUAGUGCGGAGGAACAAAGCGGGCGGCACAGAGACGGCGGCGACGGAGAGCGCGGCGGGCGAGUCGCCGUCGGUGGCGCAGCUGCAGAACAAGGUCAACCGCGACCAGCAGUACCUCGCCGCGCGCGCGCAGCACCCCGCGCCGCCGCACCACUACAAGCAUGCGUCCAACGAAUACAUCGAAGACAUCUGUCCAUACGCAACGUUCCAGCUAACGAAGCCGACAUACAGCGAAAGCAGCUAUAGUGGAAACGUUUACAGCGGCCCGUACCACUCGGUGCGCGGCUCAUUUGUCUACCACGACCUUAAGCAGAAUGAUAAAUAUAAGGGCAAGGAGCCAGAAUACACGAAAGUUAGAAGAAAAGGAAACCGCCUCCGCGAUCCUCAUUCCGAGAGUCAAGAGUCGGACAACUUGGGCUCCACGGACUCCGAGGUGAAGAAGAUACUAACGCUCCACCUGCCCAUUACAGAGUACGAGGACGACGCCAGCGACGACGCGAGCGCGCCGCACUCGGACAGCGAGCCCGCGCGCCUGCGCCCCGCGCAUCCCAACUCAUACCCAAGCGUGGAGCGCGAAGAAUCCUCUUCCUCAUCGGAGAACUCGGUGGGAGGCGUCGUGAGGAAAGCGUUUCCUUCUCGCAAGGGCAAAGCCGGCGCGAUGGGCAAGCGACAUGUGAGGAGCUCCAGUGGUUACAGCAGCCACAACGAUGAGACGACAUUCAGCAUAUCCAACUACCCCUCGUUCAACGACCACAUCCACCCUCCGUCGCGGUUCUCAGACGACACCGACGAGCCCCGGCGCAAGCGCGACAAGAUGCCGCGCGAGGCGUUUCAGAUUAACGUUGGAAUGCAGGGAAGAUUAGCUGAGCAGUCCUUCCGGCGGUAUAGCCGUGGCGGGGAGCGCUUUGGAAACAUCUAUCAAUAGAACUACUGUCACUAUCGGCCUACAACCUAUUAAUCACGGUCAUGCUUGUAGUCCUGAAAAAUCAAAGGGCUAUCUUGCUAGACAGAGAUGGUAAAAUUGACCUCAUCUCAUAGCUUUCACACUCGACUCGACGGACCGAUUCUAUCAAGUUGGUUACUAAAUUCUGUUACUGCAAUAAUCUUUCUCUACAUAAAAUAUACGAACGAAAGUUGAAUAAACUAUAUAUUAAAAUGAAGUACACAAAAUCAGGAAUGACAUAUGACAAUAUUAUUCAAAAUGGCCUCCUCUGGCCUUGACACAGGCCCUCAAACGACGAGGCUAGUCAUCAAUAGCGGCACGCACGAUUGUCAUGUCUAAUUCCAUCACUGUCUUAACUAUGGCCCGCUUGAGGGAGUCAAGAUUUGUGUGGGGUUUAGCACAGGCUUUCUCCUCAAUAACCUGCCUUAUGACAUAAUCCAGGAGGUUAAGGUCCGGGCUGGAGGACGGCCAGUCUUCGUGGGCAAUAAAGUUAAUUUUGUUCCUUCGAAACCAUGCUCGAGUUGUUUUUUCCCUUAUGUGCAGGAGCUGAGUCAUGUUCAAAGACCCAUGGCUGGUUUUGAAAUAGGGUGUGGCUUAAAGGCUUCACUAUUGGUUCGAGAACGGUUUGCUGGUAAACUUUGGCCCCAGUUUUCACACCUUUUUCACAGAAAUGAACGUGUGUUAGCCCUGAGUAUGACACACCCAGCCAAAUCAUU